CAUAUGCACCGUCUGUUUGAUUGACAGACUAAUGAGAAUGGAUGGAGUGGGGAUGGAGGCUGGGGAAGAAGGGAAGGGAGAAGGGGGAGGAGGAGGUGGAGAUGAAGGUAAGGGGGGAUGGUUAGGUGCAGCAUCAGUUUCAUCCCUCCUUAAACAUUCCUGUCUUCUCUGCUGGUCCCCCAGGGACAAGGACUUUGUGGAACAGGACGAGUGUGUUGCUUGGAAGACUGGAGAAAUCAGAGACCUGCAAGAUGCCGUGCAGCAGGAGGGCAUUGAGCUGGAGGAGCAGCGGGGAGACCGCCAGGAGCUGGAGGAGACCCUGGAGAAGCUGGAGCAGCACAGGAUGGAGCUGGAGGACCAGCUCAAACUGACCAGGCUGGAGUGCGUCCAAGAGAGCCAGCAGAUUCUUUCCCUGCAGGCGGAGGAGGUGGCCAGGGAAACGAAGGUGGAGGAGUAUGAGCGGGAGCUGGCCCGGGCAAGGAGGAAACUCAAACAGCUGAAAAUGGAGGUCAGACGGGCCCAGGGGAAGGUAGAGGAGGCGGGCGAACGCACCAUCCCUCUGGAGGAGUCCAUCAGCCAAUCAUAUGAGGAGAUUUUACAGGAGGAGCAGACGCUCAGUAUACUUCGUGGGGAGCGGACGGGAGACGCAACACUGCCAGACCACCAGCAGGUGGAGCCAAUCGACACAUCCCCCAUCAGCCUCAGGACAGAGGACGGAAAUCUUGACGUCCCCGCUGUACCAGCCAGGUCAUGGGGCAGGAGCCAAUCACUGCCUGUCUAUGCUGAAAUCCUGGCAAACCUUGGGUGUGCGGCUCGCGCUAAAAACGGAUUGGCUGAUACACAAGAAGAGGAGGAGGAGACAACUACACCAAGCACACCAAAGCAGAUGGAUAAGGGAGAAAAGGAAGAGAAAGUGGAAGACGAAGAAAAGAUUUCCCAAACACGAUCCACCAGUAGCAUAGCAGUCGAAGAGCUCGACUUCUACCACCCCGACCCCUUCAUUCACUGUGAAUCUGAAGAUUACCUUUUCAAAGAUGACGACCUCUUUGCCAAAACGGAUCAAUCUGAUGAUGACCCGUUCAAAGGCACAGACCCCUUCGCUGCAGACAUCCUCUUUCCAGAGGGGACAGAGGAUCCCUAUCCCACCACUGAUCCGGAUACCCGCCUGGAACUUGGAUCUAACGACGAGACAGACAACAGCCUCUCCUGCGCUGAGAACAAAGCCUCCACCGGCACCCAGUGCUUCGAGUCCGAGUUCCCCGACGAGGACGAAUCCAGCGACAUAGAAAUCAGUUACAGCAGGGAGGAUCUGGACACUGUUCACACGGACGCUGUUGAACUCUCCUUCGUUGAGCCCCAAACCUUGAUCAUGACCGAACGCUUAGGUUUCAAGCCCAUCUACGCAGCUCAAACUUGUUCCUUGGAAACUGAAUUAGAUGACGCAGAAGAACCCGGCGUAGCUUCUGGGCGCGAACCCUUCAGUCAAGCAUCCAGGGCCAACACCUGGGCUGCUGGACCCAACUUCUCCACCGAAUCCGACCCCAAUGGAUACGAGUUUGACAUCAACGCAGUAUCCCCUCCUUCCGACAUAGAAGAGAUUGACAUCACUCUUGGAUCUAUUCCAGUUGACUUUGACCUGGUGCCACCUGGGUAUGACUCCGUGGAACCCAGCUACCCUGUUGGGAUUCAGGCGUGUGACUCAGAACCUGCCGGAACAGGUGGAUGCGACCUUCCUGAACCCAGCCCUCCUGUACCCACCCGCCCGGUCCGUCCACCUAGACGCCUCAAAGGGGGAGCGUCAGCGGACCUUGUGGAAGAGCCAGACACUCCCAAAGCUGAAGGCUGUGAUCCAGGUUCUUCCAACCGCUCUGCUGAUUCAGAGUUGUACAGUGCUAUCGGGAUGGACCCUCUUACCAGCUCAGCUGAACACAACAGUAAAUUCAGCUUCGGCAACAACAGUUUUGAGCUGAACUACGAGCCCAACUAUGAGCCCAGUAGUCAAACUUCGUACAACUAUGGAUUUAAACUCAGCCCCGAACACCACAGCGAAGAGAUCUUAGAUCCUUUUGCCGCUGAACUCAGCGAUGAAGAAGCUGACAACCAAGCCUCAUUUGAUCCUUACGAAUUUGAGCCUAUUGCUCAAUCUGAGAACCAAGACAUGUUCGACCCUUACGGAUUUGGACAUACAUCUCAUGCCACUGACCGAGACACAUUUGACCCCUAUGGUUUCAAACUCUUAAGUUUUGAGACUGACAACCAAGCUAUCGUCGACUUACACAGCGGCGAUGAUACGAACCUUGAAGACAACAAUAACACAAACAAAAGGGACUCCUUUAGCUUCGAUUUCAGUAACACAGCUUCAAUGGACCCCUAUAGUUCAGAACCCAGUAAUACUGCAACAAUGGAUCUCCUUGGUCUGGAUCUCAGCAGAGCCAACAGUGUUGCUGAGUCAGACUGUAACAAUCCUACAGCGUCUGACCCAUUAGGAACAGUACAAACUAUGGCAGCAGGAAGCAAUCUACUGGACCUGGACCUUGUGUUUGGAAGAAGUAGUUAUAGUGAUAACCCUGAAGUCGCCACUGACCUCUACCACUGUGAGCCUAGACAGGGAAACCCUGCUGGUCCAGACAACUUAGAAUUCAGAGUGAGAGACACCGCCCACUCCGAGUCUGUAGACACCGUUUCUGACUGGACGACUGUUAAGACCAACUCCAGGGAAUCCUUGUCCUUUGGCCCAGUCAAACACAGCACACACAGCCUGGACAAAUGAACCAUUCCCUGGAAAGAAGACACCAGUGUGGCCAUGACUCUGCAGUACAGUACAACAAUGGGGAAGUAGAUGGAAGGAUAUGAAGCAAAGGCGGGAAUGAGUCUCUUUUCUCCAAGCUGGCAUGAUUCACCUUGACCCCUAGUCAAGGGUUGCAACAUUGCAUUGAUUUGAAUGUGAUUGAUAUGUUAAUUGAAAAUCAUAAUUUGAUGAAUCUAAUUUGAGUUAUUAAUUGCCGAUGGUUGCUUUGCAGUUAUACGGCCUUGGUUUGUUCUACACCCUUUUAAAGUUGCAAUACAGUAUUGAAUCUGGGUCCAGAUGCAGUAGGUUCUCGGAGGUGAGAACACACAAUUCCACAUCCCUAAGACCUUGAGUUUGAAUUGCAUGAAAACCAAAGGAUUUAUUAUCCUUGUUUAUCUUGAAACUCUUCAACCCUCCAUCCUUUAUCCGAUAUACAGUAUAUGAGGUGCCAAGGGAUAGGGAAACGGAUGGAGUGAAUAGUUUGGAGUUGAGCCGUCUGCAAAUACAACAGAUUACUUUUGAGGGAGGUGAGAAAACCAGGUUGGUAGAAUGCAGGGUCUGAGCAGUUUUGUGUUACAUUUGAUUAGUCAACUGAUAAUAAGAAAAGCCAACUGUGGCCAAUACAAAUUGUUACAUAACAGUUUAACACCCCUUGGACCUUCCACAACCGGAUUUGCCCACUCCUGGUUGACUAUAUAAUAUUUUAACUACCAAUGUGACAUGGCGCGAGCCAAACGUUGAACAACUACACGUAUAUACAUCGGUAUGUACUUUCUCAGACCCACCUGGGCCAGUAAUACAUAGAUCAAUUUAGGGGAUUACAAAGUGAGUGAGUGGCUAAUCUUUCACACAUACUACUGUAAAUGAACCGUUCAUCCAGUGUGCAAAUAUCCAUAGCGUUACAAAAUUAACUCCCAUUUUUGCGUGCUGGUACUGCCAAUAUAACACGCCAAAUGCUUAGUACAAAGUGUCUUUAUUGCAGUGAUGGGGAAUGGCAAAACCAACAGACAGAAUGUAAUAAUCUAGACCCAACUGCAUGUAAUACACAUUCACCAUAAGCUACAACGCAUAGUAAAAUAAAUGAAAAAUACACUAGCAAACCUGCUUGGUCAAAAAAAACAAAACAACAAAAAAAAGUCCAUUUAAUCAACAAAAUCUACUUAUUUUUACACAUACAACAUUAAAGAAUGUAUAGAUACUGUACAUUGUGUGCAUAUGCACAAUAUAAGCCUAUGGACGCACAAUUUCACCUGGUUUCAUACAGUUCUUACUCCAUAUUUUAUCAAAACAUAGUUGAUACUAUACAGAAUCAACAAGAUAUGGCAUACAAAAAAAAGCACAAAAUAACCUUCCUGCCACUGAAGGUUGUUCAGAAGCUACAGAUGACCUUGUAUUGAUGUAAUCAACUACCAUACACCAAAAGGCGUCAAAUAUUAGCGUCACUUUUGAUGAGUGGGUAUACUUGUAUAUUCACAGUUCAUAUUGGUUAAAAAAAACAAACCCAUGUCCAUUUACAUUUAAAAGAACAGCAAAUAACUCUAUAACGAGACACUCCUCAUUGACUGUCUAGCAAUAUUUUGCAUGCUUACUUAGAAUUAGAACAUUAAUAGACAAUAGACAUGUAGCGACUGAGGACAACAGAUCUAUCCUUAUUCAACUUUUAGGUACUGUAGACUCAUGGAGUAACCACUCUCAUGGAAAUACAUGUUCUCAAAAGAUGGAAGGCAGGCAGAACGAGGCGCGAUCAGGUGGGACCAUUCUAGCCAAUGAGGGCAGAUGCGGAUUUGAACAGCAGGCCAUAGAGAUGGAGGACUCAUCUUUGUAUCUGUGCCAUUAUAGCAUCAGGGUUACAUCUCCAUUUUAAAGUAGUACAUUUUCUUCAUUAGUUGAUUGCUCCCAACUCAGAAAUCCCCACCCAGUUGACUACUUUAAAAUGGUGGAAGCCCUCAAUUGCAAUGUCCAUGCUAAAACAGGUGAUACCCAUGAUAAGUACUACAUCUCUCUCUAUAACAGCAGGCACAACUCCGAUAUAAGCUAUUUAUUUAUAUUUUCCGAAGUUGCCGUAAUGUCACGAGAAUCCACUUACGUCAGUGCAUUCGUAAGAACCUUAUCAUUGCAAAACUUAUAUUCAAUCAAAUAAGCCUCACGUAGCUAAUUAGUUACAUUUUUUGUUGAUCAAAUUCGACACUCAUUGACCUCCAUACAAAAAUUCCUCACUUUGUGGGCUUAUUUUCGUGGAAAGUUAUUGGGCGGAGUAAAACCUCUCGCUUCGUCUCUUCCGGUCUGAUCCUGUAUGAUUGAUUAGGGGAUGCAUCAAAAAGGUAGUCAUGUCUUCAUUUGAAAUGUCAGACUGACAUGAAUAACACUGUUGCAGUUUUAGUGUCUUUCCCUUUGCCCACAAACCAAGAAGAAUACUUGUACAACAUUCCAAACUGAAGCCCCCUAAAGUACAUUGUCCCUAUAUUUGUACAGACAUUGUACACUCAGCUACUGAUAGCAGUAGAAAAGGCAUCCCUUAAAUAUUUUGUCCCAAAUAGAGUAACACGUACUCAGUGAAAGGUAUAGAAGAGAUGACAGUUGCACUUUCUUUUACAAUCUUUACUUAGAGAUUACUACGUUGAACCUGGGGUCAAAUACGUAAGCUGUACUUGAUUCAGUUUGCCAGACAGCUAACUCAAAGCUAAAACAAGCACAUGACAAAGUAUUUGACAUAUAUAUAUUUGUGGAAUACUGUGAUAUACAAAACUCUUCAUUUGGACCGUAGAGUGACAUUUCCAAUGACUGCACUUGGUAGCACACUUCUGAUUUGAUCCCAUUACCAGAGUGAAGUAAGGAUAAAUACAUUGUACAGAUUUACACAUUUAUUACGUAAUAAGUACUUGAUGAUAGUUCAACAACCCAUAUCAAUGCUUUACACCACACAAUGUUCAAGGGUAUUAAUUCAACAUAAUGCAUCCCCUCUAGACCAUCAUUCAACCAAUCAAAUCAUAAUAAUUCUACCCGCCAUCCAAUCAACAACUGAGGACAUACCAGCUUCCUGAAGCAGUCUUAAUACUUGUACAUUCCGGUCCGUUGACAAGCUCCCCACUUGGGACAUAGUGGAACUGUAUCUGUUCCUUCUGCCGACCACUUGUGUCUCAGUUCUAGGUCACAGUUCUAGGUCAAGAGUGGUUGGACGGUCACGCACAGCUAACAAGUUACCCCAGACACCAUACUGCCACAAUCUGCCAGUUGUCCAUGGUCAAACCAUGGUCAGAUCAGUGAGGGGUGUAGACUAGUGCGGCCUUCAAAAAGAGAAGGGUACAGGGGGUCAGCCUAGGCUUGGUUUUCCCACCUCUGUUCUAGGCUUUGUCCUUGCGCUUCAGCUUGUUGACUUUCUUGGCUCCACCGUUCUUGUUGAUUAGCUUCAUGACUUUCUCCUUGUGGUCCAGCACCUUCAUCAUGGUGUCUCUAGCCUCAGUGAUCUGGUCCAUCACCAGCUUACAGCGCUGCAUGUUACCCUGGGGAAAGGGGAGGGAGAGACAAUUCAAAAUGGCUGACUGACAUUCAUAACAAAGACUAGGCCCAGGUAGAAUUUCCCUUGAGUCCUCAGAAAUGGUAUAAAGCUGCCUGUGGAAUUGAUCAAAACCAGACCAAAUACUGAUACAUGGCGGCUUUCCUGGUUAUAAUAGUGUGUAGUAGUAGUAGUGUUUAUGGGAAUAGAGAGUUCUUCGAUAUUGUAAACAGUCAGAUAGUGAUGAGAAAACAUAUGGGGUUUGUAGGCUAUAACUAGGGCCUAGAGUCUUUCCUGGUUAGGUCACGUGGUCUGAGAAAACUCUGUUCCUACCCAUGAGCAGCAGCAUGGAUUUUUUGUGGAAAAAGCCGUGUUGUUGCGUGUUUGACCUCUAACCUGUAUGAGCUCAUUGAUACGGUGCAGGUCAUCAUCCGACCCGGCCUUCUUCUUUGGGAUCAGACCCUCUUGGAGGGUCGUGAGGCGGCUGUACACGUCAUGCUCCAGAUUAGUCUAGUGAUACAGAGAGGAGAGACGUAUAAAGACCAACACUACAACAGACUUAUUCAGGAGGACAAGUAUCUUGUUCAAAGAAGAUCUAGUUUCAGACCCACUUCAUUGUCUUCCGACAGCUACGUCAUAACGUGAUGCGUUACCAUGAAGCACUAUCAGUGCAGACGGUCGUCGCGCUCUCUGACGCGAGACAAUGAGAUUCACUUGGGUACAAUUUAAGUGUCAUCUCUUUUCGCUCCACCUCCAACUUCAUAACUCUUAAGUUGUUUUUCCAUAGUGCUUAAAAAGUUGACCGCACUGAGUAACUGUACUCUCUAUACAAAGAUCAUUGUAAAAGGGAAGUAGUGUUUCUCUCACCAGCUGCAUGAGCUGUGCAGCACACAGGUGCAUCUUCCAGCCCUGCGCUCUGCACACCACCCCUUUCUGAUUGGCUACGUCCUGCAGGGUGCCCUUCUUCUCCUCUGAAACCAUGACAAUGCACCAUUAAAGCCAUAUUAUAAUACAGUAAUACCUUCAACAACACACACCAUUAAGCUAUUUAACUAUAACUAGGGUCGGGAAUUUUUCCUGGUCAAAUUACAUGGAUUACAGGGAUAAACUCUAGGCCCUAGUCAUGUAAUAUGUGUGCUAUGAAAGUGACUGGUCAUUUGCAGGCAAAGUAAAUAGCAUUUCCCUGAUUAGCAUUUUGUGACGUCUCCAAAAACGUAAAGCCAACAAAUGGCACUCGCUUUCAUAGCAUACUACACCUUCCAGUUAGGCUUCACAGUGCACAUAGCACAAGAAAAAGUUGUCCUCUUGAUGUGUGUGUGUGUGUGUGUGUGUGUGUGUGUGUGAUUUCUAAAUGUUUUCCUAUGUAUGCAUCUUAACAUCUGGUGAGAAUAAUAACCUUGUGUGAUGUUGUUGUAAUAAUUGUUGUGUAAUUUAGUUGUCCAAACAAAACAAUGAAUAAACAAGUCGACCUCAAAAGCC